ACCAAACCAGAUUUUCACUGUUAGUCAAUGAAAGUGGAGCAAUGGGCCCCGCGCCGGCCCUCUUCUGUGUGGUGCUGCAAGAGCGGAAGAGCUGCUUAUGCUUUUCUUGUUUGUUUCUGUUUCUUCGAUCUUGAUCUCGCGCGCAAGUUUUGCAAAGGGCGCCUCGUCUCGUGUAAAAGGUCAACAACACUCUCAAAAAACGAAACGAAAACGAAAAUUGAGAAACGAAAAAAAAAACAAACGAACGAAAUGUAACGAAAGCACCUAACAGCAAUACGCGACGGCCUUCAGUGAGCCGACUUCGUCUGCAGACUGCCUGACUACCUGCCUGCCUGCAGACGCACUCUCUGCUCUGCUUGCACUCUACCGCGCGCCCUCGCUCUCACUCUCACUCUCUCUCUCUCUCCUCCUCUCUCUCUGUGCUCUGUUGCUCUGUUGAUAAGCUCUUGCACUUGCCAGUGGCCAGCUUACAUAACCCGAGCGCUGCUCAAUUCGGCUGCUCCGUUAGUUCGUUUCGUGUAUAAAACGGGCCGUUGCAUCGUUAGCCGAAUCAUUUACAGUUUGUCGUUGUUCCAGCAGACGACACAAAGCAAAAACAAAGCCCAUAUCCUUUAUCCAGUAAAUCGAAGCGUUAUGGCGGCGUAUUUCAUUCUGAGCGCUCUGCUGCUCGCCAGUCCCGCUGCAUGGAGCAAGCCAACCUUUGGACGUGAGCACGUGCAUAUACGCAUCCACCUGCCGGAAAGUGGAGGCGACGGUGGCCACGAUCAUGGCCAUGGCGGAGGCGGCGGCGAUUUUUCCGCUUACGAAAUACACGAUCAGGGUCAUGGCGGCGGUGGAUAUGGCGGCGGUGGCGGCUUUGGCGGCGGCGGUGCUCCUCAUGUGAGCACCUUUGCUGUUAUUACUGAGAAUCAUGGUGGAUCGCUUGGCGGCGGUCAUUAUGGUGGUUCCGGUGGCUACAGCGCCGGUGGACACGGUCACGGACAUGACGACGGCAAACUGGCUGUGAUCGCUGCUGCUGCGGGCGCUGGCGGUGGACAUGGCGGCGGUGGCGGAGGCCAUGGCUACAGCAGCGGCGGCGGCGGCUCACAUGACAGCGGCAUCGCACACAUCGCGGCCAUUGCUGCCACCUCGGACUCCUCUUCCCAUGGCAGCGGCGGCUAUGGUGGCUACAGUGGUGGACAUGGUGCCGGUGGCUACAGCGGCGGUGGUGGUGGUCACGACGAUGCCCAUUUGGCAGUCGUGGCAGCGGCGACUGCUGCGUCCUCGGGCUCCUCGCACGGAUCUGGUGGUGGUGGAGGCUUCAGCAGCUAUGCAGCGCCCGCCAGCAGCUAUGGACCGCCAGCCAGCAGCUAUGGACCGCCAGCUAGUAGCUAUGGACCGCCAGCUAGUAGCUAUGGAGCGCCAGCCAGCAGCUAUGCAGCGCCAGCCAGCGGCUGGACGGGAACCGGCUCCAGCUACAGCGGCGGCAGCAGCUACAGCACCGGCAGCAGCUACACUGGCGGCAGCAGCUACAGUGGCGGCCACGAUGACAGCCACAUUGUGGCAGCAGCAGCUGGCAGCUCAGGCGGCGGUGGUGGCGGUGGUGGCGGUGGCUACAACUACUCCCCGCCCACUGGCGGCUGGUCCGGCGGCAACUCCGGCUGGGCCUAGGCCAACGGCCAGCUCUGACCAACCCUGGUCGUCUAGUCUAUGUUCAUGUUCAUGGCCCCCGCGCCCCAUUGGAGAUAAUAAGUUAUGAUUCACUCACUGAUCAGCAUACCCAUACGCAGCAUCCAUUUCAGCAUCUCUGCAACAUUUACUCUUCGUAUUUAUGUAACCGACCCCUUUCACUCGCCCCCAUAAAAGGGGGAUUAACCCAAAUGUUAUGUCCAUGUACAAAAUAAAGUAUGUAGUGUAAUAAUUUAAGAGCAAAAACAAAACUUGACAAACUCGAGUCUAACCAAAAGUCAAAGCCACAAGAGAUUAUGUCAGCCUGAGGUGAAAGUGUAAGAGACGAAGAAGAAGAAGAAGGUGGAUGGUUGAUGGGAGAUGGGAGAUUCGAGAUGGAAGGUGGGAGAUUCGAGAUGCCCGUUCAGCGUUGAGCUGAAGAUCAAGUUGAAGACGUAAGACGCGAUGAUGCAAUGCAAAUUCAAGAGCAAUCGUAAUUAUUAGCGCUAAUGCCAAUGAUAAUUAUGUUAAUUAUCAUUAUUAUGAAGUUGAUUUAUGUAACAAUCGAAGGAAAAUAAGCGUUAGUAGAGGGAAUGUGAAUAAUGUCAGGCAAUAUUAGAAAUUGGGCUUUUUGAUAUUCAUUUCAAUUAGAUAAACCAUGAUUAUUUGAAAUGAAGAAAUACCAUGCU